UCAAUUACAACAACAAUGUCAAGCGAAAACCUACCUCCAGAUGUGAUCAAAAGGAUUCUAAAAGAGUUGAAGGACAUCUCCAGCAACCCAAUGGAAGGCGUCACCAUGAUGCCAUGUGACCAGGACAUCUCAAACAUUGAGGCUUACAUAACCGGUCCAAGUGGAACACCAUAUGAAGGUGGAUACUUCAAGGCAAGAUUGACUUUGUGCUCAGACUUCCCUCGUGUACCACCAAAGGCCAACUUCCUCACAAAGAUCUUCCAUCCAAACGUGUCCAAGAAGGGUGAGAUUUGUGUCAAUACUCUCAAGAGGGAUUGGACCGAUGACCUUGGUAUCAAACACAUUCUGCUGACCAUCAAAUGUCUGCUGAUUGUACCAAAUGCCGAGUCUUCGUUGAAUGAGGAUGCAUCGAGAUUGAUGCUUGACAACUACGAUGAUUACUUCAAGCAUGCCAAGAUGUUCACUUCGAUACACGCACCAAAGCCAGCUUCAAUUGUCGAACCAUCUAGCACAGCUACCCCUGCCACCGGCUCAACCGAUGAGUCGUCCACCACACCAGCAGCAGCCAGCACCACCAGUAACAUUACAACAUCAUCGCCAGUCAAGAAGAAGCCAGUCGACACCAGACCCGAGGCGAAAGGACAGGUGAAGAAGAGUUUAAAGAGACUUUAG